AUGACCUCCAGCGCCACCUUAAAAAUCCAGUUGACUUUGAAGAGAUCACAUGAUUAUGGUGCAGUUUAUAGAAAACAAGAUGGAGGCCGGUUUGACAACAGCGUGACAUUGAAACUCAACGCCAACACCAAGUAUUGUCUGUCUGUGACCACUCGACCAGCCCGACCUGUCCGGCAGAUGGUGCUCAAAUCGGAAAAGUUAGAUCUAGAAGCACAGAAAGGCGAGAGAAGUGACGAUAACUGUCUCGUGUACCAGGCUGAUUGGUCAACUGUCGGUAUGGAGGUUAACAAAAGCUCGACCCGAGUCUAUGUGCCUGUAGUCAUCGAGCUGGAGGACGGAGCGUGUCUGGACACCCGACUACAGGUGAAAAUCUACCCAGAAACAGAGACCACUCACAGCAGAUGGGGUCAAGAGUUUCACCUGUUGAACUGGGACUGUUGUUACAAGCCUAGUCAGCCGGUUAUUAGCAUCCAGAAGGAGGAGUACCUCUAG